CUUCUCAAGUCGGUCCGACGUCCAGUCGUGCUCCCUACAUCACCCUGUCGAAUGGCUUGAUUUGUUGAUGUUGUUCAAGACAGCUGCUCGAAGUGCGGCCCAAUUUGCAAACUUCGGUCUGGCGCGUCAGCUAUGUCGGGUUUAAUAAAUUUUGAAACUAGAAGUAGUAAGUAAGUAGGGCUGAUGAAGUCGGUGAAAAAUUAAAAUUGAUGACUGCCUCUCAGCACUGUCGGCCAUCUGAUAAUCAGUCCGUCGACUUUCGGUUGUCGUGUAAUAGAAUCUUGCAAAGCUGGUGCCUGUCGAGCAGAAGCGCUGCUACGGCUUGUCACCUCAUUGUAGUUGGACAAUAAAAAUACUUGCAAGGCAACUAGAAGCACACAGGUCGCGUGUGCGAAAAACAGGAGGAACCCAACGAACCCCCGCGCUCAGCAUCGCCACACAAGCAUAACAAACUCAGACUUCGUUGCAGUAGAGAAAAUAUAAAAGCAAAAAUCCUCGCGCUCCAACGCAAGGGCAAGAAUUCGAGCACAAAAAAAAACCGCGCUCCUUGCCAAUGAAGACCAAAAAAAUGCUCACCACGGCCGCGACCUUCCUGGUUCUUGGCGGCGAAAAAUACUACGGGGGUUAUAUUUCCCCGCUGGGAGAAGUGGCGGGAGUGAUGGUGUCCACCCUGGUGCACAAGACGAAGAUGCAAGAGGUGGAUGGUGAUAAAGAUCAAGAUGCUGCGAAGAACAAGGAGAAGCUGAAGCCCAUUACUCCUGAAGAUGAGCCGAUCGACCCUCGCGGUUCGACCCACAUUUCUCAGCCUGAUCUGCCCGCUUCUCCGGUCGAGCCGAUCCCGGGUCCGCUGGCCAGUUCUGUGCCUGAGUCUGUGAAGGUAGAGAACUGCGGCGACUUGGAUGAAACGCUGUCGCUUUUUCGAGCACAAUUGGCGACAAUGUCGGGGAAGGUUCUUUCAUCAUAUCGCGAGAUCGGGAAGAAGGCGCACGACUGCGAGCGCGCAGUUGACAAUCAGGGGAAGCAAUGCGACGUGUGGACGUACAAGAUGUUCCCUCCCGGCCGCAUUCUGCGCUGCCGCAAAGCAGGGGAUCACACGGGCAUGGAGCCGGGUGCGAUCAAGGUCCCGGCGUCGUGCUGGGACGUGCAUUUUUUUUGGGGGAAGUCGAAUUGGUUUCUUCAUUCUACCUGCAGGUCCGGAAUUCCAUGAGUCUGGCCGAGCACAUCAAAUAUGAGUGGUGCGGCACAUAAAUAAAAUUGCCGGGGACGUCUCGUCUCAAAGAUGUUGAAAAGCUGAGAGGAAGCGCAGAGUGACUCCGAGCCCGAUCAUGGUGCUUAGAGUCCGAGCCGUCUGGAAAGGAGCAUCAGAAGGAUCCUAUUCUGCUAGGAGCAUAAGAAGGAGCAUACUCACCUACUACUUUUGUUCUACUUUUACCUACAUCUGCCUUGCUACGCAUGUUCUUGACACCAUGACUAUAGAUUGGGUAGAACUUCUUUAAUCAAGUAGAAAAAGGAAAAACGCAACCAAGUUAUCUUUUUGCACACCUAUCAAGACGCAACAGCCUCAUCUUGGCUGCGCCAGUAGUAGCUAUUUAUUUCUAGAGCUUCGUCUGAGGAAUUGUCGUCAUACUACGUCGCACUGUCAGUAAACACAUUAUAUAAUUUUUGAAGUUUGGCAUCAGGUUCGCAAGCGCGGCGGAACUAUUUUGAAGCUUUGUGAACGUAAUGACUUGCAACCAAAAUUUUGAACUCUCGCGAUUCUCUUGCCGUUCUCGCCAGCGAGUGGGUUUGAGUUAAAUACUUGCUACAACCGACUGAAUUUAUUGCAACCUAGAUGGAAUAAAUAAUCCACCGGAGCCGGACUUUCAUCGCGACAGCAUGUACUUAUUGCUUAUAGCGUGAAGAUCUUCUAGCUGCAUGGCAGAAGUUUCGUCGAGCAUAAUAUGCCGACAAUCGCCUCCGAUGACGGAAGGAUGAAGGAGGUCGUCGUGUUCCUCGUACAUUUUCU